UGCUAGGCAGAGACUACAUGGACUAUGCUCCAUACGAUGGUCAUUCUUCCAGCCCUGACUUGACUCCGUGUUUCCUAUUCAACUUUUAAACCCUUCCAUCUCCCCCACCCCAAGAACUCCCCAAACACGGAACCUCUAGAGUAGGAACUGACAGGAGUGUGCCUUUGGCGUGGGAAGGGAAAACCAAGGUACUUUGGAGGUGGCGCAUCACCUCCCCCGCUCCCCGCCCGUCACUCCCUCGAACACUCAGCUCCGGCACCCGCCUCGCUCGCUCGCAGCUAGAACUUUCUCCCACUGGGCUCCGGGAGCCUCCGGACACGGGGUAUCGGCGGCUCCUGCAGUGAUCGGAGGAGAACUCCAGGCUGAGGCUAGAGCCGAAGCAAGAAGAGCCGAGUGCGCGCGGUUUGAAACGGCCACCACAACCACUGUCACCAGGCAGCCCGGCGAGCCCCGCCCGUCUCGAUCCUGGCCUCAGUGUACGCGGAGUCGCCCGGCCUGCGGGGGCCAGCAGCAUGCGGAGGUGUACCUAUUGAUCUUCUUGUGGACGGACUGAAGACCGCUCCUGGGCAUUCAGAUGCUGGUAAAGAACAAUUACUGAGCUGGCUGAACCAUCGUACAUGGCCAUCGGCAACUUCAAGGGGGCCGAGAAGAGUAUAUUGAACAAGGCAUAUUAGCAUCCUGAAUAAAAUCGGGAUGAUGUUAAUGAGAAAAGAAGGAAUGAAGGUGGACCGCCAUGACAUGAAUACCCUCAGCCUACCCCUGAACAUACGCCGAGGGGGAUCAGACACCAACCUCAACUUCGAUGUCCCCGAUGGCAUCCUGGAUUUCCACAAGGUCAAACUCAAUGCGGACAGCCUGAGACAAAAAAUCUUAAAGGUGACGGAGCAGAUAAAGAUCGAGCAGACGUCCCGAGAUGGGAACGUUGCAGAGUAUCUGAAACUGGUCAGCAGUGCAGACAAGCAGCAGGCUGGACGCAUCAAGCAGGUCUUUGAGAAGAAAAACCAGAAGUCAGCCCACUCCAUCGCCCAACUUCAGAAGAAGUUGGAGCAGUAUCACAGAAAGCUCAGGGAGAUCGAACAGAAUGGCGUGACCAGGAGCUCAAAGGACAUCUCUAAAGACAGCCUGAAGGAAAUACACCACUCUCUGAAGGAUGCCCACGUGAAAUCUCGAACUGCUCCCCACUGCCUGGAGAGCAGUAAAUCUAGCAUGCCAGGGGUAUCCCUCACGCCCCCCGUGUUUGUCUUCAAUAAGUCCAGAGAGUUUGCCAACUUGAUCCGGAAUAAGUUUGGCAGUGCAGAUAACAUUGCUCACUUGAAGAAUUCCCUGGAAGAGUUCAGGCCCGAAGCCAGCCCCAGGGCUUACGGCGGAAGCGCUACCAUCGUGAACAAACCUAAGUACGGCAGCGAUGACGAAUGUUCUAGUGGCACAUCCGGCUCAGCGGACAGCAAUGGGAACCAGUCCUUUGGGGCUGGUGGGACCAGCACCCUGGACAGCCAGGGGAAGAUUGCCAAGAUCAUGGAGGAACUGAGGGAGAUCAAGGUUACCCAAACCCAGCUGGCGGAAGACAUCGAGGCACUGAAGGUGCAGUUUAAGAGAGAAUAUGGCUUUAUCUCUCAGACUCUGCAAGAGGAGAGAUACAGGUAUGAGCGACUUGAAGACCAGCUCCAUGACCUGACAGAGCUGCACCAGCAUGAGACAGCCAAUCUGAAGCAGGAAUUGGCCAGCGCUGAGGAGAAGGUGGCCUACCAGGCCUAUGAGCGCUCAAGGGACAUCCAGGAAGCCUUGGAAUCUUGCCAGACCCGCAUCUCUAAGCUCGAGCUGCAUCAGCAGGAACAGCAGACCCUGCAGACGGAUGCCGUGAACGCCAAGGUCCUGCUGGGGAAGUGCAUCAACGUGGUUCUGGCCUUCAUGACGGUCAUCCUGGUGUGUGUGUCCACCCUGGCCAAGUUUGUCUCGCCCAUGAUGAAGAGCCGCUCCCACAUCCUUGGCACCUUCUUUGCUGUGACUCUUCUCGCCAUAUUCUGUAAAAACUGGGACCAUAUCUUGUGUGCCAUAGAAAGGAUAAUCAUCCCGAGAUGAGCCGCUGCUUCCUGCCUUCACAUCCUCUUAAAGAUUUUAUUUUGAAGAAAACCCUGUGCAUACUACCAAAAUUUCUGAAUGGACGGCUGUGCCAAAGACGGCGCGAGAGGGACCAGAGCUACGUGCGGUGUAAAUAAGUAGAGACUCUUAACCCAGUAGCAGAUGCCAACACUGUCCCUGUAUGUGGUUAACGUGAAACUGUCCCAGAGUCCUCCUCAAGGGGCUCACUGCCUUAAUCAGAGCCGAUCUCGAGCCCACCUGUUGAGCUCAGCACAGCAAAGCCCUUGUUCUUUGGGCGCCAUGAUUGCUAACUGCUGUGUUCUGAGUUCCCCCUGACCAGCAAGAAUAUGGCUAGGACUUGGGGAAGUGAGCAAACAGGAACUGGCAGGGUUGAGCUCCUGGGGGCCUAUGGAAGCUCAGUGAGUCUCUCUGUGAUCUCUCCUACUUGUCCAUGGGUGGCUCUGUGCCCUACUAUGUACCCAGUGUUCACAGCGGUCAAUGGUGUAUGUCCUCAUAACGUGGGAAUCUUCUACCUGCUUAUCCAGCCGUAGUAGUGCACUUUACAAGGUAGACACUGGGAUUUACAGCCAGGCUUUCCUCUUAUGCCCAGAGCACCACACACCUGAUUCCAUCUUGCGUGGUUAGCAGUGCUCUGCCCUCAGAGCAUUCGGCUGGGCUGUUGUCAAACUGUAGCUUGGGUAACUCAGGGUCCUGCGAGCAUCCCUGGGGAGGCAGUGCGUAGGCGACUGUUAACUGUGAUAAAUGCCCUGAGACGACAGGAUGCACUUUACGUGAUUCACUUUACUUGCGGGUCUGUGGGGAUCUGACUGCAAAGCUUGUUCAGGAAAUGAAAACGAAUGACGUUUGUGUUACCCAGCUUUCUUUUCUCAGAGACAGCAAAAUCAAACUUCAUAACUCAAGUGUGUGUGUGUGCUGAGGCAGGACACUGGGGGCCUAAGAGGGAUGUGAACUUUUAGGUCUAAUCAAAUGGUGGCAAGAGUAGUGGGAGCUCUUGACCCAGAUGAGAGCAGGAGGGUCCCUUAGGGACGCAAAGGCCAUCAGGAAUAAAAUUAAGUCCUGCGCUGGAGUGGAGUUGCUGCUGUCUGUCUCUUAGGUACACAGAUAAGCUCUGAGGUCACAGGAGAAAUGCACUGCCCCAUGAGCAGAGAGCCUGCAAGAGCUGCUGUGUCUUGUUCGAUGGCUGCCAUUUACUGACAAACCUGGUUUUCUGUGUACGCCACCAAGAGGAGAGAGAAGAUUCUUAUUGUGUCCUGUCAGCCAGCCAGUCAGGUCUCUGGUCCUCCCCACCCCCAACCCCCUCCCUGCUGAAGGUGUAAAAGAUACUCUUAAAUGCUUUCUUCCAGAAGAACCUCUCUUAGAUUUAACUAUCCUCACUUGCAAAUGGAUGUCCUUAGGGACACUCCACCCCACCCCACCCCCGGGGCACAUUGGGGAUGGUGGCAUGUAGCAAGUUAGUACAAGGCCAGGUUAGGUGAGUGGGACCCACACAGUUCUAACCUUUGCCCCUCACCCACUCCAACUUCUAAGUCAAUAAUUCAUAGUUUUAGUAAAUUCACAAAGUAUUUAACCAUCACCCCUAACCAAUUCCAGAGCCAUGCUUUUCCAAAAUAAUAAUAAUAAUAAUAAAUUUAAUUUUAUAAAAUACAAAGGAGUUUGAAAUCAGGGAUGGGGAAGUUCCCAGUACCACCCCUAUCUAUGGCUUUGUUCCUACACGGGAGACAGAGGUUUCUAGUCCAAAAAAAAAAAAAAAAAAGGGAGGAAGAGAGAGACAUGAUCUUCUUUUAUUCUUGUAUUUUACUGGCCAGCUCCCUUACCUGUAGGCCCCAGACUCCAUCUGCCUGUACCCUGAAGCAAGCUGGGCUCUGCUGGGCUCCCAUUCCUAUCUGUGAAUAUUUCCAAGUGGCACUUAGGGCGUGCCAGGGCCUGGGAUGCCCGUGAAUGCCGCUAGCAGGUUUCAGAAAGAGUUUGAAUGCAACCUUAAGAGACUUAGCUAGGGCUCUGAGAGAAUCUGGGAAGAGGUUCUGUUCUCACGCCAGCACCUGCCCCACCCCUACACUGCCUAACCGGACCACUCUUGAUUGACGCUUGCCAGACCUGCAAUCUGUGUUUCUUCUCCCUGCUGAGAAAGUCCAAAACAGCACACUCCACACCCUUCAGACUGAGCUUUGGACAGAAUCUGUUAGAAGCCUCCAGCACCAUUGUGAAUUAAUGGAGGUAGGGGUGGGGCCUCCAAAUCUUGGAUUCCUUCUAAAGAGCUUAGAUGCUCAUUGCUUCCCAUUAGAUGUCAGAUCACCUUCUUUGCCUGGGCAUGUGCAGCUCUAUGGCAUACUUGUUUCGGUCUCACGGAAAGUUUGUGAAGCUUUUGAUAUUUUUAGCAAGAGUGUAUAGUUCAAGGAGACUUUGACUCAACAGUUCUUCAUUCUCUCAAGGGCUAUAACCCCACUCUCACUCUCUUGAACAUGUAACAUACAUACUGAAGAAAUGAGUUCUAUAAAUAUACAAUUGGCGGUAGCAAUAGAGCUGUGAGGUACCCUGGAAUUGGAAUCGAUUUGUAAUUGAGUCAGCGCAUCUUGUUUUGCACUUUAUGUUGGGAGUAGACAUCUCGUGCAUCCCUCGUGUUGAGAGCCAGUUGGAGGUUAGUGAGCACGUUCCCUGUUCGCCUAGGAACACUGGUGAGAGCUUCUAGAUGCUGGACGCUGCGUCUCUGGUUAUCAUGACCGAUCAUCAGAAGAGUGAUUACGGAGGACAGAACAGAACUUUAAAAUACUAAGAAUAAUAAAUAUUAAAAAAAAAAAAAAAAAGUAAGCAGCCACUCAGUGAAGCAAGUGGUGACCUCAAGUGCUGUCGCUGACUUUGGACUGUGAAGGCAGGAUUUCCCAUCUCAAGCUCCUGGCUUGUGGCUUAGUAGUGUUCAGGUGUUCUUGUGUUGUCUGUUGGUGUUCAUUCACAUUAAUACUCUGUAGCUCUUGACUUUAUCUAAGCAAUGCCCUCAAUGAGUUCUUACUGCCUGACUGCCUGGCCACUUCUCUAACAUGGGGGGGGGGGGGGGCAGGCGGAUGAGGGAGCUCUUCCCCCCAACUCCCUCUCCCAAUAAUUAGUUACUUUGGCUCGUUUGGGUUGAAUUUUAAAUACCAAAUUACUUUUGUGUUGAAUGGCAGUAUAUCUAUCAUAGGGUUGUUGUUGUUAUUGUUGUUUUGUUCUGAUGUUGAAUCCAGACCUAAUUGCCUGGGUUUGGAAAAACAAACGUACUCAUUGAUAAGAACGUGUGUGAUCAAACAACCUAUUUUGGACGUUUUCUUAAUUCUGACCUUGGGCUGGGAUGUGAGCACGGGCUUAUGCAGGGAGAUGGUUCAAAGCUAGCAGGUAACCUUUAAGGGGCCUAAAAAGACAAAUCACAGAAAACAAUUAGAUUGGCCUGUUUGUAUCAAAAAUAAAGAGCUUUAAAAACGUGUCAUUGAUGGGAAUUGGGUAAUUUGUUAUAAAUAAAGCCAAAUUAUCAUUUUCUGCCAUGGAUACAGUUCUCUGCUUAAAGAGUCUGGAAGUGAUGUGUAAUUCCUUGGGAGUCUGAGGGAGAUUUACAUGUUGCUGUCCGCAUAUAUUUAAAGCAUGUCUAUUGUGUUUGUCCUAAAAGAAACAUUUCAACUAACCGUGCUAUGUGUUUCAGAUACGCAGGGGCAAUAGCAGCGAUUCUGAUGUAACAUCAGGAAUGCUGACUGUAACUUCUGUUGGAGAAUUCCCAUCUCAUGGGAAGCUACAUAGUUUUGUAUCUGCCUAAAAUUGUAAUUUCUCUGUAGAUCUUCCCCACGGCGGUGUUAUUAAUGAAUUCAAAGCAGGUGCCAUUAUUUUUUAAACAAUUGAUGUUUGCUUUGGUGUUAAAUAAAAGAACUAGAUUUCUUAAAUUUU